UCGCUUUUCCCUUCAGCGCUUCAGAACUUUUCCGCCUGCCUCACGGGCCCGUCUCUCCUCCCACACUGAGUGGACGGCAGGACGUUAACUGCGCCCUGCAGUCUCCGGUGAUCAUUCGUCGUCAGCCAUGUUGGUGUGACACACUGAGCUGUCAGCAACAGGUUCUCAGACUUUUAAUGAGGCCAAAACUCAACGAUUCUAGAACGGUUCUCCAUUUUUAUUGGAUACUAAACUUCACAGUGUGUCUUGGAAACCGUCCAGAAGUGGUGGAGGAUCAUUUCGGGUCACUUUAAAGCUCGGACGUUUGUGUUUUCGCCCCUUUACUGUGGCAAAUGAGUCUCGCCCUGGUUCAGAGACGAUGCUGUAACGUCUCAGCUGCAGCAAUAACUGAUGCCUGCACUGUGACUGUGCUUUGCAGAUGGCUGUGAGUAGCUGCUGAGGAAACCACCAGGAGUUUGUCCACUUGCAAAUAUGAAUGGUGUCACCAAUAUGUGGGCAAUCUCUCCAGAAGAGAGGGGCAAGCAUGAUCAGAAGUUUGACACUCUCUCGCCCUCAAUGGGCUACAUCACAGGAGAACAGGCUAGAACGUUUUUCCUCCAGUCUGGUCUACCUGCUCAAGUUCUGGCUGAGAUUUGGGCCCUGGCUGAUUUGAAUAAAGAUGGUAAAAUGGACAGAUUGGAGUUUUCCAUUGCUAUGAAGCUCAUAAAACUGAAACUUCAGGGCACACCACUUCCUUCAACACUACCAAUCAUCAUGAAGCAGACUCCAGUUUCGCUUUCCGGCCUUAAUAACCCCAACCCUGCCUAUGGUAUGGGUCCAAUGACCAUAAUUAACGGCCCUGUAAUAACUCCCAUCCCCAUGUCGAACCCUGGACUCUCCCAGAUACCUGGUCUCAGCACUCCACUAUUGAAUGGUACCAUUCUUCAACCAAUGCCGGUUGGAGCCUUGACUACUGGCCUACCUCUAAUUGGAAUCAACGCCUCAUCACCGCUGGACCUGGCAUCUAGCAGUGACUGGGCUGUUCCACAAUCCUCUCGGCUAAAGUACAGACAGCAGUUCAACAUUUUGGAUAAGCAGAUGAAAGGAUAUCUCUCUGGUCUGCAGGUGAGAUCCGCCAUGGCAACCACAAUGCUAUCACAGACACAGUUGGCCUCCAUCUGGAAUUUAUCAGAUGUGGAUAAGGAUGGUAAUCUGAAAGCAGAAGAGUUUAUUCUGGCAAUGCAUCUCGUGGACCUGGCAAAGAGUGGGCAGCCAUUGCCUUCGCUACUGCCUCCUGAGCUGAUCCCGCCUACACUAAGAAGCUCCUCCCCAAAGCCACCUUUAACCAAAGAACUGGACCUGCAGCCUCCGCAGAAACCCAAAGUCAACUUGUCAUUUGAGGAUAAAUUCAAGGCCAACGUGGAGCAAGGGAAUGCUGAGCUGGUGAAAAGACGACUGGCCCUCCUGGAGGCAGAAAGGAAAGAGAAGGAGCGGAAAGCUCAGAUUGAGAAGGAGGAGCAGGAGAGAAAGGAGAGGGAGGCCCGGGAAGCUGAGGAGAGGAGGAAAAAAGAGGAGGAGUUGAGGUUGGAGCGACAGAGGGAACUGGAGAGACAGAGGGAAGAAGAGAGACAAAGGGAAAUAGAGAGAAAAGAGGCUGCCCAACGUGAACUGGAGCGUCAGAGAAAAGUGGAGUUGGAGAAGAGGAGGCGAAGUGACCUGCAGAAGAAGAAGGAACAGGAGCAGAAUGAGAUUAUCAAACUGAAGGCUAAAAAGAGGAGUUUGGAGAUGGAGUUGGAGGCUGUGGGUAACAAACACCGACAGAUCUCAGAUCGACUUCGAGACAUUCGGAACAAGAAGAAGCUUCAGAAGACUGAGCUGGAUCUAACCAACCAAAGGAAAGAAACGUGCCAGCAGGACAUUACCAGUCUACAAAAACAAAUAGAGGAGUUUCAGAGGAAACUGUCUCAGCUGACCCCGGAGCAGAAGAGACUGUCAGAGAAACUGAGAAACAUGGCUGUGAAUAACCUGCCUGUGUCAUCCAUAGCCACGAUGAAAGUGACUGCUGCAGAAAAGAAAGGGACCUGUAUGAAACUGCGGGAGCAACUGGAAGCUCUGGAGAAAGAGAGUUCCACCAGACUAGCAGAGAUAGAGCGCUACAACAAAGAUAUGCAGGAUCUAAGAGAAAGCCAGAGAAAGCAACAGGCAGCACUUGAAAAUCUGCGGAGAAUCAAAGAGGAGAAACAAGGUGAACUGAAGAGAAAGCAACAGGAAGAGCAGAGGAAACGGCAGGAAGAGGAACGGAAACGGAGGGAGGAGGAAGAAAGACAAAAGCGUAUUCAAAUAGAAAAGGAGCGUCAGUGGCAGGAGAAGCUGAGGAGAGAUGAGGAGGAGCGGCAGAGGAAGCUUCGUGAAGAAAGGGAGGCCAAACAAAGAGAGGAAGAGGAGAAAGAAAGACAAGCUCUCAUCCAGGCUGCUAUGGAACAGGCUGAACGGGCUGAGCAGAGGAAGAGGGAGGAGGAGGAGAGAAGGAGAAGGGAGGAGGGGGAACGUCUGAGGGCAGAGGAGAGACGCAGGCAAGAGGAGGAGAGGAGGAGGCUAGAGGAAGAAAGAAGGAAAUUAGAGGAAGAGAGGAAGAAAUUAGAGGAGGAGAGGAGGCAAGAAGAGAGAAGAAGAAAAGAAGAGGAGGAAAGGAGAAGGAAAGAAGAGGAGGAGCGGCACAGGAGGGAAGAGGAGAGGAAGAGGUUUGAGGAAGAAGAACGUAGAAGAGAGAAGGAAGAGGAGGAGAGGAGAAGACAGAGGGCAGCGGAAGCAGCUCUCCGAGAUGCUGAAACGAGAAGAAAGCAAGAAGAGGAAGAGAGAAAGAGGAAACAGGAGGAGGAGAGGAGGAAGAAGGAGGAAGAAGACAGAAAAAAGCGUGAGGAAGAGAGGAGAAGACUACAACAGCAGGAGGAAGAAAAAAAGAGGCGAGAGGAGGACAGGAUAAGGGCAGAUGAGGAGAGAAAGAGAAAGGAAGAGGAAGAACACAAGAGGAAAGCAGAGGAGAAGAGAAAGAAGGAAGAGGAAGCUUCUCGUCAGCCUCAAGCAAACGGUGGGAAGCUGGACAUUCAGGGAAAGCUGACAGCUCUGCUGCGGGGGCUGGAGGAGAGGAAGGGUGGACAGCCGAAGGCCACACAGCACAGGAAGUCUGCGGCGCUCACAUCCUUCAAAGCUCUUUACCCAUUCACUCCUCGAAACAAUGAGGAGCUUAGCCUCAACGAAGGAGACAUCAUCGAGGUUGAUGAGACGACAGAGAAGGAGGAAGGCUGGCUUUAUGGCAGCCGCCAGGGAAAGAUGGGCUGGUUCCCAGAGAGCUAUGUUGAGAGAGUGGGUCCAUCAACCUCAGUUGAAAACUCUGCUGCCGCUCCUGCUAAAAUGCCCCUCCAAGCACAGCUCUCCAACGCCUCAAAGUCUGCCUUCACACCAACACACUCUCUAGGCUCAGCCCCUUCUGAGACACAUGGACAGGCAACAGUGAGCCUGUUGGCUCAGGCCCUGUGUUCAUGGACUGCAAAAACAGACAACCAUCUGAACUUCAACAAGGAUGACGUGAUUCACGUUCUGGAGCAGCAGGAGAACUGGUGGCUGGGCGAGCUGAACGGUGAUCGGGGCUGGUUCCCCAAGACAUAUGUGUCGGUGCUGGGAGAAGACGACAGCUCAGAGAAGAGCUCCCAUGCCGAUGCUUUAGACUCUGCAGACAGUCUUCAGCUGGAGGAGUUUGUGGCGCUGUAUGCGUACAAGUCCCCGCAGGCCGGCGACCUGACCUUCACAGAGGGGGACGUGAUCUUGGUGAGCAAGAGGGAGGGAGAGUGGUGGAACGGCUCAACGGGAGAUCGCACCGGCCUCUUUCCCCACAACUACGUCAAGCCAAAAGAGGCCGAUACAUCAAGCAUAACUGGAAAGAAAAAGCAAGAGGUUGCCCAGGUGAUCAAAGCCCAUUCCUCUGCUGUCCCUGAGCAGCUGAACCUGGAGGUUGGCCAACUCAUCCUCAUUUUCCAUAAGAACCCGUCUGGCUGGUGGCUCGGAGAACUUCAGGCGCGUGGGAAGAAACGUCGGAAGGGAUGGUUCCACUGCAGUAAUGUUAAAGUACUGAGUUCCAACAGCGGCAAAUCUACACCAGCUCCCCAGCCGGUCUGCCAGGUGAUUGCCAUGUAUGACUACACAGCCGCCAACAAGGAUGAGAUGAGCUUCUCAAAAGGACAGCUGAUCAACGUUUUAGACAAGAACGAUCCUGAUUGGUGGAAAGGAGAAGUAGACGGGGUCACUGGCCUGUUCCCCACCAAUUACGUUAAGAUGACUUUGGAUACUGAGCCCAGCCAGCAGUGGUGUUCAGACCAAACCAGCCUGGACUCUCUGAGCCCCUUAGAGAAAAAACGACAGGGUUACAUCCAUGAGCUGAUGGAUGCUGAAGAGAAAUAUGUAGAUGACUUGCAGGUUGUCCUGGAGGUUUUCCACAAACCCAUGUCAGAGUCGGGCAGGCUUACUGACUCUGAGAUGGCCAUGAUCUUUGUCAACUGGAAAGAGCUUCUGGCCUGCAACACUAAACUUGUCAAGGCUCUCCGUGUUCGUAAGAAGACAACAGGGGAAAACAUGCCGGUGCAGAUGAUUGGAGACAUUCUGGCCGCUGAGCUGUCCCACAUGCAGCCCUACAUUAGUUUUUGCUCCUGCCAGAUCAACGGAGCUUCACUGCUGCAGACCCGGACCGACAACGAGCCCGACUUUAAGGAAUUCCUCAAGAAACUUGGCACAGACUACAGAUGUAAAGGCAUGCCGCUGUCCAGCUUCCUGCUGAAACCCAUGCAGAGGAUCACCCGCUACCCUCUGCACAUCAAAAACAUCCUGGAUAGUACCAUAGAGGGCCACGCUGACCGAGGCCCUCUGAAAGAAGCUCUGGAGAGAGCCGAGGAACUCUGUCAGCAGGUAAACGAAGGUGUGAGGGAGAAGGAGAACUCUGACAGACUGGAGUGGAUUCAGAAUCAUGUUCAGUGUGAUGGUCCUGCUGAGAAUUUGGUCUUUAACUCACUCACCAACUGUCUGGGGCCCCGGAAACUGCUGCACAGUGGGAAAAUGUACAAGGCAAAGAGCAACAAGGAACUCUGGGCUUUUCUUUUUAAUGACUUCCUGCUCCUAACUCACGCUGCAAAGCAGUUCUCCUCCUCUGGGCCCGACAAACUGUUCAGCAACAGGAACAACGUGCAGCUGAAGAUGUACAAACCACCGGUUCUGUUAAAUGAAAUUCUGGCCAAGAUUUCUGAUUCCUCCAGUGAUGAGCCCACCUUCCAAAUCACUCACAUCGACAGAGUCUACGUACUGAAGACUGAAAACAUCAAUGAACGGACGGCGUGGGUUCAGAAGAUUAAAGCGGCGUCUGAGGAAUUUAUUGAGACUGAAUUGAAAAAAAGGGAAAAGGCUUAUCAAGGACGAUCCAUAAAAGUCAGUGGCAUCGGUAGACUUCUGGUCACAAUCUUGGAGGCCACUGAGCUCAAGGCAACAAGGCCAAAUGGUAAAAGUAACCCUUACUGUGAAGUGAACGUGGGAGCUCAGGUCUUCACCUCCAGAACGCUCAACGAUACUCUGAACCCCAAGUGGAAUUUCUCGUGUCAGUUUCACCUCAAAGACCUGUACCAGGACGUCCUCUGCAUCACCAUCUCUGACAGAGCCCAGUUCUCCCCCGAUGAGUUCCUGGGCCGGACGGAGAUUCCCGUGGCAACCAUAAAGAAAGAGAUGGAGAACAAGGGUUCGGUAACACGACGUCUCCUGCUGCACGAGGUUCCAACAGGAGAAGUGUGGGUCCGCCUCGACCUACAGCUUUACGCCAGCCGAUAGACACGUGGGCUGAACUAACGCAAAAGACUGUGUCCUCCACACGGGCACCAACAUAGGGGCUAUUAACCAAAUAGGAAGGCUGGUUGAUUUCCAAACAGGAAGGCUGCUUUUAUUUUUCACAUCAACAAGCGAAAAAGGUUCCAUUCACUUAAACAAUGAGGAUUCUGAGGAGAAGCACAUCCCACUGUUUCACAAGCAAUGCCUUAAUACCUAGUACUAAAGACGUUUUUUUUCUGAUUUCAUUCAUAUUCUCAGCCUACACAACAUGAAUAAAUUCAGCUGUAUUCACAACAGUUGCAUAACAGUUUCAAGCAAAGAAGGAACUGUUCAGCAGUUUGCAUCUGCACAAUUUUGACAGCAUGGAGAGCUUAAAGGGAAGCACUGCUGUCCUCAUAAACGGUGGAGGCUAAAUGUGGGUCAAAAGGACAAAGAAUGAAUUCAGCUUAAAGCAUCGUGACAAUAAAGCCCAACCUUUCUGCAAGAUUGUUGCACAACCGCAGGUGUUGGUAUUCAAACUUUGCCAAGUUCUCUUAACCAAGACCAUUCAGCAUGUUGAUGUUGAAGAUGCCGGUUUGUCCUCGCCCAUGGACUUAUUCACGUUUUUUUAAUAUUUCUUUUGACCAAAGGAGACGGUGACUGACUGCUUUUGAGAGGCUGCUUUUUGGCCCAUCAUUGAUCAUAAGCUGUUUGGCUUCAUGCCGUCCUCUCAAAGCUGGCAUUAAUGUGUUACAAACGGUAGUUGACAAAUGAUGGACAGCAGCGUGGAAUGAAUCAGACAACCAGGAGAAGCUCAAAGCCCCACUCUGAAGUCCUCUUGCUACUGUCGACAAAAGAAACUCUGCUGUUCUAAGUCGAGUCUGUGUCCCUUCAGCAAUACCGCUCACAAUUUAGAUAGAAUGUUACUCAUUUUGGGAGUCUAUUUGAGGACAUUUCCUUGCAGUGCAGUGGGGUGAGGAUGAAUCUUCCCCCUUUAUUAAAAUACUGUAGUUUGAUUUAAUUGGAGAAAGGUGGCUUGAUAAUGAUCACCUUAAGGCCAAGUAAUUUCAGUGGAAAGCAAGAAGAUCAAGGUGAAAACAUCUUCCAGCUUCUCUCUCUAUUUUUUUUUAUUCUUUUUUUUGUUUUUUUGAGUUCCAUCUCUGCUUCCUCUGAAAAUGUCCUUCAUAAACACAGCAUUAUAAAGUCCACAGAUUUUAGGGUGUACAUUUGUGUUUUACAUACGCUGCCUUUGUUUUUACUCAUUUGUCCUUCAUUCAGAUUCUUUUCUAACUACCAAACUCUGGUUAUAACCAGAAGAGUGUUGUAUUUAUUUUAAUUUAUGCGUGCGACUAUCCAAAGGUUUGGAGCGCUUCUGCUGUGUCAUUUUGGAGAAUCAGUUGGGGAUCUUUGAGGUUUGUCCUUAUGUGUGAUUUCACCUAAUAAAACUCGUUUACUUGAC